AUGAUAGGAAAGGGGUCACUGAAAAGAGUGUGUUUUUCUUUAUGUACACAAGUACCGAUCUACCAAUAUGUAAGUGGCACUUCAAGGUGCUUUAUCAGCAGCAAAGGUCAUGGAGAGGACUUUUCCCUUUCAGGACGUUGUCCCUUUAAAACUCUUGGGAUUAGCCAAAGUAGUAGUAUUGAAGCGGUGAAAACAGCCUAUCGUGCUAAAUGUCGAACCGAACACCCUGACGUUGGUGGUACUGAUGAAGGCUUCCGUAAAAUUGCGUGGGCGUACGAAGAAUGCACCCGCCGCGUACAUGAACGUUAUCGCAAGAACGAUGGAGAGAAUACCUCUGAAUCAGUAAAUAUGGAGGACAAACAGUGGAGAGAUGAAAAUCACAAGCAGGAAUCUAGUACGUGGUAUGAAUCCAGGACGGAGUUACACCGUAGACAACGCCAAAUGUUUUAUGCUGCAUUUUCACACUCCCGAAGUAUUGAAGAGAUGGAGGAACUUCUUCUUAGUUCACUGCGCAGUCAUUGCUUCGACAUCAUCGACGUGAGUGAGCCUUUGGCAUUGUUGCUGCGACGUUUACACCUCAUCACAGGUUAUGGGGAGACACACUUGCAGGCUUGCUUUGCCGCUAUGGAUAACUGGGAACAGUACACUGAACGUCGAGCUGGCGCAGGUUUGUACCACAUACUGCUGCAGCUCUACACGGACUUCCCCAAACCAGGGCUCACCGAAACCAUCAUAACCGAGAGUGUAGAGACUCUUUUGGAAAGAAUGCAUACGAAGGGGCUCGAAUACGACGACUGGACACUUACUCUGGCUCAUAAGGCAUACAGAGCCUCACCCUGGCCAACCUAG